AAGUUGGGCAAAGAGGUCUAUCAGACACUCUGGUCACGUGACACUCACGCACGAUCCUCAAGUCGGCAGCUGCAACGAGUAUCAAGGGAACUCUUUAGACUCUGAACCUUCGAAUUCCACCUUGGCUUAAUCCUUUUACUGUCCCACAAUGGAUUGCAGCAUAUGCAUGGAGUCAUUCAACCAGGCUGGUCAUUUGCCCAAAGUGAUGCCGUGCGGACAUACGGUGUGUUUGGGAUGUCUCCAGCGAUUGGGUGACAAGAAGUGCCCCUCGUGCCGGCAGGAGUUCCAGGUCGCGCCGGCCAGCCUCCCCAACAACUUCAAUGUGCUGCAAUUACUCCAGGAUCGACCGGACAGGACCGACAAGACCCCAGGGUGGUGCUCGAGGUGCUGCGCCCUAGCCACGCCCCGGUGCUGGGUCCAGCACGACGUCCUGGGUGUGAGGGCAGCUCUGGAGCACCUCCUGGAGGGCGCCCUGCCGCAGGCUGCGGGCGAGCUGGAGCGACUUAAGAACCAGUUGCAGGACAAGGAGGCCGCGCACGCCGUCGCCCUGCUGUCCGGCAAGUCCUGGGACCUGACACUGCGGUGCGGGAGCCACGUGCUCUCGGGGAAGCUGCAGGACACCAAGGACGCCAGCACCAAAGCCCUCUUAAUCCUCGCGGCGGCGAAAGGAGAACUGAAAGCGCACACAAACAACAUCUACACCCGCUCACUCGAUGUUGUAAAGGACCUCUCCCCCAGUGUUCGGGCCGAGGAUAGAGCUGUCAAUGUAGAGAUGAUUCGUGGGGUGCAACGGCUGCUCAAUGUGUCCACCAAUGCCAUUUCUUUCGAGGCGCUGAAGAUCGCCGAGCCCACUCUGGAUCAGCUGAGUCUUUGUGAGGCUUCGCUUCACAUCCUGCGCGUGGUGCUCGCCAUGCCACGACUGAAGAGACUGCGCGUCAGUGCUUGUCGCGGCAACGACCUUCACGGGGAGGUCGCUAGUGUUGCCGCCGACUCCUUGUCGGAGGGCCUAACGGACGUGCCGGCGCGCCUGCAGUGGCUCGACCUGGUGUCGUGCCCCUUCGGCCUGAUGCCGGCCCUGCUGCCGGCCCACCGCCUCACGCUGGAGGUGCUGCAGCUGGACGAGGGCAAGCACACGCAGCACAUGUCGUGCCACCAGCUGUUCGCCCUGCUCAAGAGGUGCGACCUGCGCGCGCUCAGGCGGCUCGUGCUGGUGGACGUGCUGGCCGACCUGUCCGCCAACCACAGGGUGCACAUGUCGCGGGACAAGGACGAGUGCUCGCGGCGGCGCAGCACGCUGCUGGGGGCGCUGCCCGCGGGCGCCGCGGUGCUGUGCUGGAUGUGCGACGGCGACGAUGCGAAGAGGUACAAGGAAGACUUCUAGGCGCGGCCAGGACCGGCAGCGGGUCGCACAGCCGGUGACACAAACUUUGACCAGUGCGGUGUUUUCCUGGUGAAGUAGUGAGCUUGGCCCGGUGUGACCAGCUGACCGACUCUGCUAUCGUCAGCAACCCCUUUGAAGCCGCCCUUCUACCGGGGGCCCAGGGCCCACGAUACAAUACACAUCGGCAAACGCCUAGAUGAAGAUUUUAUUUUUGUUGCUUUUAUUUUUUGUACAGAAUUGUUUGUUUCUCAGAAGUAUUCACUUUAUACACAAUCUUUUGUGUAGUUUUUGGUAGUUUAGAUUUACGAGGCCACUAAUCGGGGGCGCCUUCUGAAAUAGACUUGUGUUGAAGUGAUGAACCCUGCCUUUCUAGUUUUUAAAGCCAGUUUGUUUCUCAGAUAGCUUUAUACACAUUUUUUUUCAAAAGUUUAUUUUUUUAUUGUUGACUCAAAUAUUCAAGCUCUGCUUAAAAGCCACCCAGUUGUUAUUUUAUUGUUUUUUUACUUCACCAAAUUUUUUUGCGCUGAUGAAUUUUCUUUGUUUUUUUUUUGUGUGUAUGGUGUGUAUUUAUGUAAUGACAUGGAAAUCUAUGACUCACCUUGGUUGUUAAUAAACUAUGAAACUCCUCCUAGAA